UUGUAUUUCUGUGAGUUAUUAUUAGAGUUUUGUGAUUUUAAUCCUAAAAUAUUAAAAAUUAAAACUUAGAAGAUCCAAAUCCUUUCCAUUGUAUCCCUAUGAGUAGUUAUCACCAUGAAUUGCACAUCUAAUUUGUCUCUAAACCAGACCAGAAAAACCAAAAUUGAUCGUAAUAGUGCCUGCCCUACCCUGCCCUGCCCUUUUCAGGGAAAGACUCGUUGAGUCUACAUGUAAUGGCUACUUUCCGGUUGAUCAAUGAUCGCGUUAUAGAAGAAGUUGAAGAUCAGCUGUUAACAACUUUCUCUAUAACAAUAACAGUAAUGGAGUAUUAAGAUUUUGGGGGUAGGUGAAUAAUUUUAGGUAUAACGACCGAAUAGUGACGUUGAACUAAUUGGAUGACUACUUGUAGCGUAUAGAGAAGUUUCCUAGCAAAAACUUGGUCUUCGUCUACCAUAGAAAAGGGGAGAGAGGACUUUGACCCAGUGUUCUUGCAAGGAAAUGGAGAGGGAGAAGAGCUACAGAGAAGCUCAAUCCCUCCAUUUUACAUCUUCAAAUCACAAGGCAAACAUAGCUGAUUAAGUUUAGUGACACUCCACCGGUAUACAUAUAAUUCAGAUAAUCAAGGAGGAGUAUGGGAACCAUCUUCAGCAGCAGCAGCAGAGUCUCAAAAAAGGAGAGAUACAUGCUGUGCAAUGGAGGCCUGUUGUUAGAAGAGCUACUCCGUUCAUGUGAUGGAAAAUAUAAUUCCUUCCGAAUUUUCUCGGCCAAUGAGCUCGCACAAGCAACCAAUUACUACCACGAGCAGUUUGUUGACACUGAUUAUUGCACAAUGUAUAAUGGCUUCUUUAAUGGCCGUCCAAUAUUUGUCAAGUGUCCUAGAGAUUAUGACAAAAGAAAUGUUUUAGAAAAGGCCAUUAAUGAGGUUGUGUUUGCCUCACAAGUGAACAGCCACAAGAAUAUACUCAUGCUCUUGGGUUGCUGCCUUGAAACUGAAUUUCCAGUGCUCGUGUAUGAAUAUGCAGAAAAUGGAACUCUUUCACGUCUUAUAGGUACCGAAGGGUCUCAUAAUCACCGGCAGCUUUUACCAUGGAAUAAUAGAUUAAAGGUUGCCAAGGAGAUUGCUGAUUCUUUGGCCUAUCUCCACACAGGGUUGUCCACGCCCAUCAUCCAUAGGUGCAUAAAAUCGAGCAACGUCCUUGUAGAUGCUAAUUAUGUUGCCAAACUCUCAGAAUUCAGUUUGUCAGUAUCAAUUCCUUUAGGGAAGGAAUACCUAGAAACAAGUGUGGUGGGGACGACAGGAUAUGCUGCUCCUGAAUAUGUCGCAACCGGGAAACUAACUGACAAGUGUGAUGUUUAUUUGUUCGGAGCACUAUUGAUUGAAAUUUUGUGUGGAGAAAGGUACUAUGAUUUAUUGCGAAGGUUUUGGGAUCUAAGAGAUAUGAAUCAAAAUGAAUCUAAUUCGGUGUCAAGUGGUGCUUGUAAUUGGGUAAAUAAGGUUGAGGGAAGGGAUUGUGAUCAGGUUGCCUCAAAUCAUAGAGCAAUUGACUUGAUAUCUACCAACAACUUCCAGGAGGUGCAUGGUUGUGAUCAGGAAAUAUCAAAUGUCCUAGAGGUUAAUGACACACAUGUUAAUUCAACGUCUGAUGAUGAUUUAGGUGCUACUAAUUCAACAUCAACUAUUGAACAAGGUUUAUUCAGGGACAUGGACAUGGAAUUUCUUCAUCAAUCGAUCCUAGAGGGUGCAGAGAAGUAUAUUGGACCAGAAAACAUGUUGGAAAGUCACUUGAAGCAAUCCAUGGCAUGCUCCCAACUUGCAUUUGAAUGCGGUAAGCCUAGUGCACAAGAGAGGCCAACGAUGACAGAAGUUGCAAAAGAGCUUAGGAGGAUAAUAAGCUUCCAGUGCAUUAGCCCCACCAGUCCAUGAAAAACAGGUGGCCUCUAUCUUCAUCAUCCUUCUCUACAUAUGUAUUGUCACAUAAUUUUCAAUUAGUCUGGCAGCACAUUAGAUACAAAUUCUCAAACCCUAUAUUGAAAUUUGGGCACCUUAAUUGUCAGUAAUAAUAAUCCAGAUCCACUUCUGUGCUAAAUCAAUAAGCCAAAAUUUAUCUACUUUUUCUUUAAA